UUUUCCCCUCUUUAAUCCCAUCCUUCGCGACCCUAUCCAUCUCACUCGUUCCCCGUCAUGACCAUUGAGCGACUCUCCCACGCCUAGCAACCCCCCCCACCCCCCCAACUUUCAGCCGCCGCCAGUCGACCCCCUUACGCUCCCCUCGCUCCCCUCCCCUUCGACCCCAGGAAUGCCCAGCGGCCGCGCACGUCGCAAGAACGGCAGUCUCAGAGCUUCGAAAGCUGCCCAACGUCGCAGCAACAUGUCCCACCUCAUCCCCGAAAGUGCCCCGGCAGUCCGUCCGAAAACCGUGACCCUCUGCGACGACAGUCCUGAUACCUCCGACGCCGCCUCGAACACGUCGGCCACCACAGUCACCACCAACCCCUCCAGCCUGCCUGCGACCUCCCCCACAAACGGCGUCGAUUCUGUGAAGAAAGCCAUGGCCCGGAAGGCCUCUUCGCCGAUGGCGCCCCCUUUCAUGGUCUCCGCGCCGGGAAAGGUCAUCGUCUUCGGUGAACAUGCCGUCGUUCACGGCAAGGCCGCCAUGGCCGCCGCUAUCUCCCUUCGCUCCUAUUUCCUCGUUACCACCUUGUCCAAGUCGCAGCGCACAAUCACAUUGAACUACCUAGACAUGGAUUUCAAGCACACAUGGAACAUUGACGAUCUGCCCUGGGACCUCUUCAAGCAACCGUCCAAGAAGAAGUACUACUACGAUCUGGUCACGACACUCGAUAUGGAAUUGUUUGAUUCGCUACUCCCUUGUGUCAAGAACGUGUCGCCAGACGCUCCGGAAGAGCUGCGGAGCAAGCACGAACGGUCGGCGUUGGCCUUCCUAUACCUAUUCUGCUCUCUGGGCUCGCCCCAAAAUCCGGGCGCCAUAUACACUUUGCGUUCAACCAUUCCCAUGGCUGCGGGUUUGGGUAGCAGUGCCAGUGUCUGCACCUGUUUGAGUGCUGCGAUGCUGCUCCAGAUCCGCACGCUGGCUGGCCCUCAUGAUGACCAGCCUCCGGACGAGGCGGAGUUGCAGAUUGAGCGCAUCAACCGGUGGGCUUUCGUCGGGGAAUUAUGUAUCCACGGGAACCCAAGCGGCGUAGACAACACGGUUUCUACCGGCGGCAAGGCCGUGAUAUUCAAAAGAGAAGACUACUCCAAACCGCCCACUGUCACACCGCUGCCCAACUUCCCCGAAUUACCUCUCCUGCUGGUUGACACACGACAGAGCCGCUCGACAGCAGUGGAAGUCGCCAAAGUAGGGAAGCUCCGGAAGGAACACCCGCUUGUCACCAAAUCUAUUCUCGAUGCGAUCGACAAGGUGACCGUGUCCGCGCAGGAGGCCAUCGCGCAUGCCGAUGGACAGACCAUCGAUAAGGAGACCCUCGAACAUCUCGGAACACUGGUCCGCAUCAACCACGGCUUCCUCGUGUCUUUAGGAGUGUCCCACCCUCGACUGGAGCGGAUUCGAGAACUAGUUGAUUUUGCCGAUAUCGGUUGGACAAAGCUGACCGGUGCGGGCGGUGGUGGCUGUGCGAUCACCCUGCUGCGCCCGGAUGCCAGCGAGGAUGCGCUCCGCAAGCUAGAAACUAACCUGGCUGACGAGAACUUCCAAAAAUACGAGACGACCCUCGGCGGAGACGGCGUGGGGGUGCUCUGGCCGGCGGUGCUGCGCAACGGCUCGGACGAAGAAGGCGGCGAGGAGAUCGACCUGCAGAAAUUCGAGAACGCUGACGGCCCCGAAGGCAUCGAGCGUCUCGUCGGCGUUGGAGGACCAGAGAAGCGGGAAGGCUGGAAGUUCUGGAAACGUGCCGUUUGAAAACCGACUACAUGAACCUUCCACAGUCCAACUCGCCAGUCACAGUCACAGUCACAGUCACAGUCACACACACUCAUUAUUACCUCCCAACCCAACCCACCCCUUCCCUCCGCCCUUCUUAUGAUCAUUUCCCGAGCUCGGUGUUAUGGCAUUG